AUGUCUCAAACAAAUUCUAAAAGAGUCAUUAUCAUUGGCUGCGGUAUUGCUGGUCCAGUGAUUGCAAUUCUACUUCAGAAAAAGGGUUAUACGCCUAUUGUCUUGGAAAAGGUCAGGAAACUGGGCGAAGCAGGUGGAUCUUUAUAUCUACAACCAAACGGCCUCAAAGUACUCAACUUAGUCGGUCUUGCCACGACAGUAACUGAUAACGCCCCAUGGGUGGAACAAAUGUGGGAAAAGACUCAUGAAGGAGAAGUUCUUGGAGGUGGCAAUUUCCUUGGGACACUCAAAGAAACAUACGGUCAACCUGCUUGUGGAACCAAAAGAGCUUUGUUCAAUCUGGCUCUUGAAAAAGCAAUCGUGGAUGCAGGAAUUGAGUUUCACGCAGGCUGGAAACUUGACAAUAUUGAAGAAAGUGAGACUGGUGUAAUAGCAGUGUCAGAGGAUGGCCAGAGAAUCGAAGGGUCGUUUCUCGUUGGAUGUGAUGGUAUCAAAGCUGCGUCGAGACAUAUCUUACUCAAACGAAAAGCAUACGAUGAGCCUGAAGCUACGUAUACAGGAUUAGUACAGACUGGUGGAUUCUCACCCACACCCAAAUCUGUCCAGAACACCAUGCUAGGUGUUUUCGGACCCUCCGCUCAUUUGGUUCACUACCCCAUUUCUCCCACCCAUUCAUCAUGGGCAUUUACGCAGCGACAAAGUGAAGAAGAACAAGAAACCUGGCUUCUAGCAACUCCCGAACAACUUGCCGCUCAAAAAGCCAACCUCCUGAAACAAUUUGGAGAUUGGGCUUCACCAGCUGCAGAACUCAUUAGUGGCGCAGAAAGAUUACUCAAAUAUGGAAUCUUCGAUAGGCCGGGCUUAAAAGCCGAACAGUGGUAUGAUGGGAGAUGUAUUCUUAUCGGUGAUGCUGCACAUCCUACAAGUCCACAUUUGGGUCAAGGUGCUAACCAAGCUAUGGAAGAUUGCUACCAUCUCCAACGACUUCUCCCAGAUGCCGGCUCCGAUCUCUCAACCACAGACCUAACCAAAAUCUUCGCCGAAUUCGCAGGGUUAAGACAACCUAAGACAGCCCUAUUAGUAGCAGGUGCUCGAGCACAAGGAGAGCGAAGAGUUGUGGCGCGGGAAAAUAUGGAGGAGAGAAAUGAGUCGGUGAGACAGAUUUGGAAGAAUCCGGAUGUUUAUUAUAAAGCUUAUGCUGAGAUGCUGAGAGGUCCUUUUGAUGCGAUGGCUUGA